AUGGGUUGGGUUAGAGGAGAAACCCUCGGUAAGGGUGGUUUUGGGUUCGUCUCCAUCGCCAAAACCAUGCAAGAUCAUAAUCUGCCGUCGUUGAUUGCCGUGAAAUCCGCCAAAUUUUCCGAAUCCGAAUCACUGAAGAAGGAGAAGGAGCUGCUCGACAAGUUCCAGUCAUGCCCCUCUAUCCUCCGCUGCUUCGGUGACGAAAUCACGGCCGAAAACGGGGAGAAACUCUACAACAUAUUGCUCGAGUAUGCCUCGGGCGGAUGCCUCGUCGACCACAUCACCGUCAAAGGCCUUCCGGAAAUCACGGUCAGCCGCUGCGCGAAAUCCAUACUCACGGCGCUCCUUCACAUCCACAAGGCUGGCUACGUUCACUGCGACGUGAAGCCUCACAACGUGUUGCUCGUCGGCCAAGACGUGAAGCUCGCAGAUCUCGGGAGCUGCUGCUGCAAGACGAGCUUCGUCGACGGAAAUAGUAGGUGUGAUGAUUUCAGGGGCACGCGCGGUUAUGUACGCGGCCCCGGAGUCGAUAGCCCAGCAGAAGUACUUGCCGGAGUCGGAUGUUUGGGCCUUGGGCUGCUCGGUUCUACACAUGCUAACUGGAAAAUCACCGUGGGCUUUCGACAGCAAGGCCCAGCCGAAGGAUGUUCUCUUCAAGAUCGGGUGCAGUGA